AUGCCGUCUCCUGGAAACUAUCUCGUUUGGAUUACUGUGGCCCACUUUGUUCCUCAAGUUGGGUUCUUCGCUUCAAUCUCUCUCGGAGUCAUCUUGCUCGUUUUGAAUUUCUGCGGAGCACAAAAAAGAUUCGGGUCGUAUAAAUAUAUAAUCAGUACGUUCACGUUAUUGGGAAUGAUGUUCGCAGCUAUGGAGAUCAUUGUUUAUCCGAACGUGCACAAUUACAAAGCUGGUUUUAUAUUUUUCACUUUUAACAAACCAUUUGGCAUCGAUGACCUUUCGUGGAGGAGUGUCGAAAAGUUGCGGUUCUUCAAAGGAGUUUGCUGGCUGAUCUGGCCAAUUUUUUGCUCAUUUUUCGGUCUUCAAUACGCCCUUGGAGUAUAUGUUUUUCUGAAGAUGGAUAAUAUUUCAACUGAGUAUUUUCGAGAAGAAUUACUCAUUAGAUAUGAAGCAAAUGUCUCUGAAAUUCCGUCCAUGUCACUUGUAGCCUACAAUCAGUUGGAUGACUCAGUUAGGUGGUGGAAUCUUAUGGGUAUUGCAAAUAUAUUUGUGAUUGUGAAUCUGCAAUAUGGUAUUAUGAUAUACUGUGGAUGGAGUAUGCAUACUCAAAUGGAGGAUAAGAUUACCAACUUUUCGGAUGAUCUUAAAAAACACCAUAAACAAUUUUUCAAAACGUUGGUUUUGCAGAUCACUGCUCCCACUCUCAUUCUUUUCAUUCCCAUCUCAUUCAUCAACUUUGUCCCAAUAUUUAAUCUUGACAUCAGCCUUCCAUCCGGCGCUCUAUUAUGUUGCUUCACACUCUACCCAGCAAUGGAUUCCAUAAUUGUGAUGUGUGUGGUAUCAGAAUAUAGAAAAACUGCGGAGAGAAUUCACAUGGCAGUUCGGAAAAUGUUAGAGGAUAUUUGUGGGUCUCGUAAUGGAACAGGCACAGUUACAGCGGUCAAUACUACAAAUGCAACAUCAGAACGGGCAGUUUCGAGGCGAUCCGCAAAAGUGCAGCAGGAACCAGUUGGUCUUCAGAAUUAG